CCCGCUCGACUUUAACAGUGUUGACACUUUUAUUCACUAGCUUUUCUAAGAUAAUUUGCGACAUCGUCGCCUCCCUAAACCUCAGACCUUUUUUAGCUUUUACUAAGUGCGGUCAUGGAAAUUCCUCCCUCUCCUACGCCCACCGUGCAAAGUGAGGGUACGAUUUCCAUAGACUCUAGAGUAAACGGAAUGGACAAUAGACAGCCAGUGAGACCUCAGCCUAGGCCCCCACGUUCUCGAUCGCGAUCUACAUCAUCUGAUAGAAGAGGACGUCGAGGCCGAAGGUACGACAGGGAUCGCAGGCGCGACUCGAGGGAUCGCAGGCGCGACUCAAGAGAUCGCAGCGGAAGGCGUCGUUCAUCUCAAGAUAGACACCGUAAUCGCCGAAGCAGAUCAAGAUCGCGUUCAUCAAGGCGUGACGGAAGACGUUCCCUGCCUCCCCCAACCUCAGGUCCGGAGGUUCCAGCUCCACGACCGAUUCUGCCAGUUUCAAAAUUCGCGACGGACCAGCUGGCCUCGUGGAUGUCGGUGGGACAGCCGGCGACCUCGACUAAGGAGUUGAGGGACACUUUCAACCCGGAUUUUGAGGACGCAACCUUUUCCCUGACAUGCCCGAAGAUGGAUGAUGUAGUCGAGCGGCAGCUUCUGAGGGACAGGAACGGCAAAUACAUCAAUCAGCGGGAGCUGAUCUGGAAAUCGACUCAACUUAAGGUACUCGAUGUGGCCAAACCUUUGAUGUCGCUUUGGAAUCGCUUCCCUGAGAACUCGGAGGAGGCCGUUAUACUCGAGUGCGCCAUUCGUCUCUGGGCAGAAGCGCACUUUUACAUUUCAAAGAAUCGUAGGUCCAACGUGAUGAAUAGCGUGUACCCGCGUUUUAAAAAUCUGCUGAAGGACCCAUCUAAGUUUUCGCCGGCGGAAGUUGGCCAUCUCUUCGGGCCUUCCUUUACGAGCGCGUUACUUCAGGCGGCAGACGAAGACGCGAAAUUACAGAAAGUGGCGGCAUCAGGAAGAGGAAAGAGCUUGAAGAAACCUCAUCAGCAUCCAGCCGAAAAGAGAGCCGAGCAGCAGCCUAGCACAUCAAGGCACAAGGAUACCGGAGAAAAAAGAAUCUAUCAGACAAGGAGCAGAGGAGGAAAGAGCGGCGGUUAUGGGCCGGCAGGUGCCGGGAAGGAAGCAGCCAAAAAAUAAAGAAGCAGCAACAGAAUCGCGCAACCCUUCUACCCAACCGGUUACUGGCCAUGGAAAUAUUCAAGAAAUUUUUUGUUUGUUCAGUUUUGUCUGUUUUCAUUUGUUUCCUUUAUGUAUGGUCAGAUGUCCCCGUUAUCCCCUCUAGUUUGUUUUUUGACCCGCACUCAGCAGCUUGAAAAAAUUCUGAGGUUUAGGGAGGCGACGAUGUCGCAAAUUAUCUUAGAAAAGCUAGUGAAUAAAAGUGUCAACACUGUUAAAGUCUCUCUUCGUUUUUUAUCAUAAUUCAAAUUGCUCCGCGGGAUC